CUCGUAGAAAGCCGUCUGGAUCCGAAGUCGUCUUUGGGUUUCGAAGAGAGAAUGCUGGAAGGCCGGUCAGCCAAUGAUUCUUUUGCAGCAAGCUGGGUUUCCUCCUCUUCCUCCUCCUGAAACGCCCCCAUCUCUUCCUAUGUCAGUGGCCACCAGGCCCACAGCCACCUUGCCACUUUCACCACCGAAACCGCUGGGACCGGGGCCAUCCUUGCCACUUGCUCAAGAUGAGGAACUCGCCACGAGGGGGGAGCAGGACCCCUUGCUGGAAGAACUAUGCAAGCCAUUGUGCUGUAGGCUUUGCAACGUUACCCUGAACUCUGCCCAGCAAGCCCAGGCACACUACCAGGGUAAAAACCACAGUAAGAAACUUCGGAACUACUAUGCUGCCAACAGCUGUCCAGCUUCUGCCCGAGUGAGUAACUCUCUUGAGCCAGCUACUCAUCCGAUGGUGUCCCUUGCACCCCAGGGGUCCUCCCCGAAACCAGGAGGGCGAGUGAUCUUGGCCACGGAGAACGAUUAUUGCAAACUGUGUGAUGCGUCCUUUUCUUCACCAGCAGUGGCCCAGGCUCACUAUCAGGGCAAGAAUCACGCCAAAAGGCUGCGGUUGGCUGAGGCACAGAACAACUCGUUCUUAGAGUCGUCUGAAAUGGCCGGCAAAAGGAAAGCACGAAAAGAAGGGAACGAAUUCAAGAUGACGCAGAACAGAAGGAAUGUUUAUGCUGUGCAAAAUAACACAGGCCCUUAUUUCAACCCCCGCUCCCGUCAGCGGAUACCUCGUGACCUCGCCAUGUGCGUCACCCCCAGCGGCCAGUUCUACUGCUCCAUGUGCAACGCCGGGGCCAGCGAGGAGAUGGAGUUUCGGCAGCAUUUGGAGAGCAAGCAACACAAGAGCAAAGUCUCCGAACAGCGGUAUAAGAACGAGAUGGAGAACCUCGGCUACGUCCAAUGAGACUCGAUCCCCGAUAGCCGCUCUUCUUCUUCUUCUUCUUUUUUUUUUGACUUUUCCCUAUGUAGGGAGCAGCUUCUGCUUGCUUGCCUGCCACGUGCCCUGCAUCUGUGCUCUGUGCCUUAGGAGGCCUGCUCCCCAGCUCUCUCCGUGCUUCUCACAAACCCAACGGUGAAGUCAAUGAAUUUAAGUCAAAAAAGACAAGAGAAACGGGGUCACACCUCCCCAUUGGCAGGAAUGUGUGCUACAGGAUAUUGGAUGUUGAUGUGUCUGGCCCGUUAGCUGCCUUCGAAAGAGAACCUGCCCCUUUCACUGGUCCCCUGCCAUCCCCCUUGCAUGAGUGAGCUUUGCUUGGGAAGGUAGCGAAGGGUUCAUCCCCUCUCUCUCUGUCUUUUUUUUUUUGCUGUGCAUCACGCCAUGUUUGCAUAUGGCGACUUGGUGAAACAAAGGACAAAGGGUCAGCCUACGGCGGCAUCACCUGUCUGGGGGACGCUUCCAGUUCUUCCUCCCUGGUUAAGUCCCGUCAUCUCCAGCUGUGCAACGAUUUGGGAGAGCAGAGGCAGGAAAGACCUCUGUGGCUAGUCAGAAUGAUAAGAACUGGGUGAAUUGAACCAGUAGGGAACCCGGCUGCUAUUAAAAAAG